UUCUGUUUGUAUAAAAGGAUGUUCUGAUUGUGGUUUAGAAUCACAUUUGUUUUAAACUUCAUUGUGAGUGCAACAAUUUAUCAAAACGCUCUACUACUAAUAACAAACAAAACGCCAUAAAUAUUAUCAUUAUUAUUAUUAAAAAAAAAAUCAGAUACUCAUAAAAUUUAUUAACGAAUUUUCGUUAUUUUCCUUGUGUGUAAAUUGUUAUUAAAAAAAAAUAAAUAAAAAAGCAAAAAUGGUCUCCUCCAUGCGUCAAGUACUCAUUCUCGUCACCAUCAUUGCACUACUCGCCUGCAUCGUAUCGGCCAAUAACUCUCGACCACCCAGAAAUAAUGAUAUCAGUAACAUGGCCGAUGCUUUGAAAUAUUUACAAGAUUUGGAUACUUAUUAUGGUGAUAGGGCUAGAGUUAGAUUCGGCAAACGUGCUUCCUUGAUCCAAUUAUUGAGAAAUCAUUUAAACAAUGAAGCUGAAAUGAAUCAUCCCGCUGAAUUAGCUGCUGCUGAAGAACCCUUCUAAAUUCGGUAUAACUUUUCCGGAAUAGUUAAACUAGAACAAAAGCCAAUCACCAAUAAUUUCACUAACAUAUCGCUAUUUAACCUGAAUGAAAACUACAAUCUCUAUUAUAUGUAUAUAAUGAUAAAUAUGAACAAACAAAAAAA